AUGGCAUCCAUCAUGAGAAAAGUCGUCAUGGGCAACAUGUUGGUCAUGGUCGGGCUGACCAGAAGAACCAGCUCGAGAAGUCUGACCACCGCAAAGAACUUGGCUACGAAAAAGGAGGAGCGGAAGUUGCCUAAAGAAGGGGAGAUCACCAAGUCUGUGUUUAUGUCGCAAUCUACCGACAUUUACACCAACUUAGCCUUGGAGGAUUGGAUGUACAAGAAUAUGGACUUCAGCAACCAUCAUGUGAUGAUGGUAUGGCGUAAUGAGCCCUGUGUUGUGAUCGGAAGACAUCAGAACCCAUGGCUAGAAGCGAAUGUGCCUUUCCUAGCAGAGAGGGAAAUAGCUCUAGCCCGUCGUAACAGUGGUGGUGGUACUGUAUAUCAUGACCGAGGCAACCUCAAUAUCACAUUCUUCACACCCAGAGAAAGGUACAAUAGGAAGAAUAAUUUGGAACUCAUCAAGAGGGCUCUCUACAGAGGAUUUGGAAUCAAGUCAGAAGUUAAUGUCAGAGACGACCUCAUUGUCAGAGAUAAAUACAAAGUUUCUGGUACAGCAGCUAAGCUCGGAAGAUUAUCAGCAUACCAUCAUUGCACACUUCUAGUCAAUGCUAAUAAAGCAGAUCUCAGAAAAUCAUUAGCGAAACGUGAUCAUGGCAUACAGACAAACGCGACGCCGUCGACGCCUUCCCCGGUGGUGAACCUGGCAGAUGUGGACAACAAGGUCACCGUAGAGACCCUGCAGACCACCAUCGGCUACGAGUACCUGCGGACACGAGCUCUGUCGCUCGAGGACGGCGGCGAAUCCCUGAUCUCAAAACAAAGAGGCUUCCAGUUCGUGAAUCCCACUGAUGAGUGGUUCCCAGGCCUGGACGAGAUACGCAGCGGGCUGCAGACCUGGGACUGGUCGUUUGGUCGGACGCCUCUGUUCACGGUCAGCCGCAAGUUCCCCGUGCCGGCCGAGCUCCUCGAGCCCUCCAAGGUGUACUCUGCAACCCAGGAGCUGAUCAUCUCGUGCACCGUGGAGAAGGGCAUCAUCAGCGACGUCACCCUCAACAUACCCCCCGGCCUCAUGGAGUCCGGCUUCUACGGGGAGGCCUCGGUCAUCACACAGCUGAAGGGCAAACGGUUUACCUCGGAAGCCCUGAACGCACUCCAGGAGGCGAUGAUGCGACACCACGGCGAUGUUCACGAAUUAGACGAUAAGGAACAGUUUGUAGCCAAGUGCUUUGACCAAGUCGUUAAUACUGUUUAACGAAUUAAAAGUUUUUUUACCAAGUCGUUAACACUGUUUAACGAGUUAAAGAUUUUUAUAAAAAAUUUACGUUGGUGCUAUCUGUAUAUAGAAAUGUAGAUUUUGUAUAUGAUAUUGUAUUUUAAAUGUAUGGUAUUCUAAAUUAAUGUUAAAUGUAUGUUAUGCUCUUUACAAUAUUUUACUAACACUUGGUCAUUAUAUUUUUUAAGCUACUAACAAUAAGUCUGCUUUACAAUGUGAUUUAAUUUUAGUUUUUGUUUAUUAGUCGCCUCAAAAUGUAGAUUUGUUCUAUAUUGCAACGACGGAAAAUUAUGAAAUUAUAUUUAAAGUUGGAUCACACAAUUCUUAAGCUUGAAAAGUCGAAAAUGUUAAUAUAGACAGAACUGCAUUUGAGGGGCACCCAGCGAGUCGAAUUCGUUUUCGAUCGCCACAAGAAUACGUCAUAUCAUUUGUUUUAAUUAAAUUUUAGUUUUGUUAAUAAUUAACUAUUUAACUACCCAUUUUA